ACGAAUGGUAUCUAGGUACUUAUCUGCAAGGAAUGAUGGUAAUGGACUUCGGCUGGUUGGUCGGUUGUAAGCCUUAAGCUUCUAGCCUGGCUCUCAAGACCGAUGCUCGGAAUGUCUCAAUGUAAAAAAAUAAGUGGAAGUGGUAAGUUACUGCUAAGAAACUGACAAUUUAUUUGUCCACAAGACGUUAUUGCCUCUCGUCACUAUCUCAGAGAUCUUUACCCUCGACAUUGAUUUUAUAUCCCCCCCAUUUGUGUCGACGAUGGGGUCCACUGUGAAACCUCGCUGGGCCGCUCUUGCUCGAGACACCAACGAGACCAAAAUACAGCUAUCACUGAACCUGGAUGGAGGUGGAUUCCCACCUGAUACCGACGCUCGGCUGAAGGCUGCAACAGAGGAGGGCCAUGCUAGCCAGGCCAGCAAGUCGCAAACCAUCAGUAUCAACACAGGUAUCGGCUUCCUAGACCACAUGUUGCACGCUCUAGCAAAGCACGCCGGCUGGAGCUUGGUGCUGGCGUGCAAGGGCGACUUACAUAGUAUGUUCACUUUGUCAUUUUCACUUUAGACGACCAGCUCUCCAUGUACCUCGCUGCACAGUAAUCUGCCAUGGGGGCGGGCCUUGGAGCCAGAAGAGCGCAUGGAGUGAAUAGAAGCGAACUCUCAUAGUUGAUUUAGGACAAGCAUGCAACUACUAAUCAACUCCGCAGUUGACGACCAUCACACAGCCGAAGACGUUUGUCUAGCACUGGGAUAUGCAUUCGCAACGGCGCUGGGCUCAGCCACAGGCCUCGCACGCUUUGGGUACGCCUAUGCGCCCCUGGACGAGGCUCUUUCGCGCGCAGUAGUCGACCUGUCGAACCGACCCUUCUGCGUGACGGACCUCGGUCUUAAGCGCGAGAAGAUUGGGGACCUCAGUACAGAGAUGCUGCCACAUUGCUUUCAGAGUUUCGCGCAGGCUGCGCGAAUCACGUUGCACGUGGACUGUCUCCGUGGUGAAAACGAUCACCACCGGGCCGAGAGUGCCUUCAAGGCCUUCGCCGUUGCCGUCCGCAACGCGACAACACGUAUUCCUGGUAAGGAAGGAGAGGUGCCAAGCACAAAGGGCACAUUGAGUGUAUAGUGCAAAGUAUCAAAUUGGAAUAUACAGUGUCAGCAACUUCCAACCACUAUCAGCGAA